GGUUACACUCCAGUGGAAGAUAAUCCGCCUGACUUCAAUCCAUUUCGUCUACGUGGGCUGCGGCGCACAGUUUCCUCAUCGGCUAGGCUUGAUACUCUGCGUCAUCCUCUCAACCAUACUGAAUAUGAGGAAACGUCGACUCCUGCACAUUCAUUUCCAGGACACCACAGUUAUUUCCUAUCGUCAGAGGACAGUGAAAGGUACUGGCGUAAAUUUGAGCAAGAUCUUAUGCUUGAAAGGCGUGUUAACGACUUAUGUGAAAUUUUCGAGCAUCAACAAUACGCGGACAUUCUAAACACAAUUUCAUUGCCGAACACAAAUAUGGUACUUUUCACCAGAAAUCAAGAGAAGGCUGUAUUAGUCUCAACUUACUUCGCCUAA